AUGGCGGCGGCUUCUUGGAGAGCCGUGGCGCUGGCGGUGGCCGCGGUGGGCUUCUGGCUUCUUGGUGGCGGUGGUGGCGCGUGGGCGUUCCCGGCCGAGGAUUUGGUCACGCGGCUGCCGGGUCAGCCGCCGGUCACGUUCAGGCAGUUCGCCGGGUACGUCGACGUCGACGUCAAGGCUGGCAGGAGCCUCUUCUACUACUUCACCGAGGCGCAGCAGGACGCCGCCGCCAAACCGCUCACGCUGUGGCUUAAUGGAGGUCCUGGCUGUUCUUCGAUUGGAGGUGGUGCUUUCACAGAGCUAGGGCCAUUUUAUCCGAGAGGAGAUGGUCGAGGCCUCAGAUUGAACAAGAAGUCAUGGAACAAAGCGUCCAAUCUUCUGUUUGUGGAAUCACCAGCUGGAGUUGGAUGGUCUUAUUCAAACACUUCAUCAGACCACAACACUGGAGAUGUGCGGACAGCUAAUGACAUGUACCAAUUUCUGCUGGGCUGGUAUGCGAAGUUUCCUGAGUACAGAUCAAGAGCUUUAUUUCUUACGGGAGAGAGUUACGCAGGGCAUUAUAUACCACAACUCACUGAUGUACUUCUCACCCAUAACGAGAAAUCAAAGGGUUUCAAGUUCAAUAUUAAGGGAGUCGCUAUCGGGAAUCCGCUUCUCAAGCUUGAUAGAGAUGUCCCUGCAACCUACGAGUAUUUCUGGUCUCAUGGCAUGAUCUCUGAUGAAAUAUUUCUAGCGAUCAGCCACGGUUGUGAUUUCGAGGAUUACACCUUCAGCGACCCCCACAAUGAGAGCAAGUCAUGCAACGAUGCAAUUGCAGAAGCAAACAGUAUAGUUGGAGACUAUGUCAACAACUAUGAUGUUAUUCUUGAUGUCUGCUACCCAUCAAUCGUGAUGCAGGAGCUACGGUUGCGAGAAUAUGCCACAAAAAUCAGUAUUGGAGUGGAUGUCUGCAUGUCCUAUGAAAGGUUUUUCUAUUUCAAUCUACCAGAGGUGCAGCAGGCUCUGCAUGCUAACAGGACGCAUUUGAAGUAUCACUGGAGCAUGUGCAGUGAUAUCCUGAACUACAGCAAUACAGAUGGCAACAUCAACAUCUUGCCUACACUUCAAAGAAUUGUGGAGCACAAGAUACCACUAUGGGUGUUCAGCGGCGAUCAAGACUCUGUUGUGCCCUUGUUGGGCAGCCGAACCCUUGUGCGAGAGCUAGCUCACACCAUGGGGUUGCAUGUCACAGUCCCCUACAGCACUUGGUUCCGCAAAGGCCAGGUUGGAGGCUGGGUGACGGAGUAUGGCAACUUUCUGACCUUCGCCACAGUGCGAGGUGCAUCUCACAUGGUGCCAUUUGCACAGCCAGACCGAGCUCUCAGGCUAUUUCAAUCAAUUGUACUCGGGCAAAGACUACCAAACACAACCAAUCCACCAAUUGAGUAA